UAUUGCGAUCCAAUAUACGCCGGUAGCACUGAUAAGGUGGCGAGAUAUCUCAAGCGGAGGACAGCUGUGACUUAAUUUGGCAAAAAGCGAUUUAUUUGUUGCUCAUACUGCGAGCAUACUUCAAGAAUCAAAAAGCACACCGUCACGUAAUCGUGAUUGCAAACGGAAACCGUCACGCCGCAAGCCUUUUCAAAAGGAGUUUCUCGUUGAUAUAAAAAAUGAAAACAAUUCAACGUCUGUUUCUUCUCUGGAUGAUGGCAUCCGUGGUAGAAGGUCAACACUUAUGUCCAAUGGCUCAAAACUUUUGGAAACUGAGUACCAGCGGUGAAUUCAAAGCAUGUAUACCGUGUCCAGAGUGUCCUGAGGGUAACGGGCUGAACAUUCAAUGUGGUUCAUUGAUCACAGAUGAUACUAAGAUAGAAUGCGUCCAAUGCAAAGAAAACGUGACCUACUCCAAUAGCCAUGGAGUGGAAAGCUGCAAACCCUGUCAGGACUGCGGUCUACGAAAUGUCCUUCAAGAAUGUACCUCGGACCAAAAUCGCAAAUGUGGACGUAAAUGUCCCAAAGGACAUUACCUCGAUGACAAUGGUUUCUGUCAAGAGUGCUACUUUUGUUGUCCCAGUGUGGACGAAACAGGUAGAAUGAAGAAAUGUAAAGAAAUUGGAAUGGGAGAAGACUGGCAAUGUCUUAAGAACCACCAAAACAAGCUCUGCAAAGAAGCUUUGGAAAAUUCUACAGAAGCUAGUGUUGAUACAACUCAUGCCACGGCUGUUACUCUUCUUCCUGAUCACAAUUUUGAAGCAAAUAAAACGGAGAGUACUUCCGGUGAUAACGUCAGGAAACCUACUGUAUUAUCAUUAGAUGUUACAUUGAAUGGAAAUAUAAAACCUUCAAUAUUAGUUGGAAUGAUCAUACUGAUUGCUCUAGUGCUUAUUUUUGCUGUAUACGGAGUUAAAAGAAUCAUAACAUCUAGGAAUGGUUCAGCACUGUAUUCUGAAGAUAAUCGAGAAGAUGAGCACGAGCAGUUUCUCCUUAGACAACCCAUGAAUAACAGGCCAAAUAUUGGACUAAUUCCAACAGAUUGUGAUGUCUCAGAAAUGUUUACGCUAUGUAAUAAUGAAAAUGAACUGAUGUUGCACAACAUUCAAGACAUGCUUGAUCCUGAUCUACCGGGAAAGAAAGGUUGGCGAGAAGUGGGACGUCAUUUAAAAGUUACCGAAAGAGACUUAAACUUACUGAAACUUCAAUAUAAGUCAAACGGCAGUCCUACGGAGGGUCUUAUAGAAAAAUUGAAGACUUUUACACCAGAGCCUUCAAUGAAAGAAUUUGUCGAAGCUCUGAUCAGUUGUGAAAGAAGUGACGAGGCCAAUUACAUUUGUAACUGGCCAUGGGAGAAACGUAACUGUACUGAACUGGAGAACCAUGAGCAACCAGAUACGGUCCAGCAACCAGAAAUGGUUAAGCAACUAGCCUGAGGAUAUUUUUCUCCCCAGCCAGCCGUUUUUUUGAAUGUCACACAAUCAACGCUACCCUUGUGCGUUCCGUGACAUCGGGAUACCAGCUCCAGGCCAUAUUAUUGACUUACUAGUACGCGUUUCUAUGUUAUCCCUCUUUGGAUAUUUGUUAGGUAGCUUUGAGAAACUUAUUAUUUAUCAGGGAUUUAUGCAUUGCGUACUUUUAUUUAUUAAAUAAAAAACAAAACAAAACAAAACAAAGCAAAAAGCAAAAACACAAAGCUAAUAAAUAAAUGAAAGUUUAGUUGUUUGUCUCUUGAGGUAAAAAGAGUCAGGCUUAUCAAUCACGUAUUGAUCGCCAUGUGCUAUUUGUUGUUUUUUGUUAUUUGUGUGUUACGGCGCGUUGUCAUCGGUGAAUUUUGAUCCUUAUUACUAUUCUGAGAAUUAGAUGUUCUUCCCCCUUAGGUGCGCUUUGUUGCCCAUUGCCUGUUAUGUUUUUUGAUAAUAGACAUCCACCCUCGUGGUUAAUAUAAAUUCAAUUUUGGUUUUCCGAUGGUCAACUUGCCAGGCGAACAAUUAACAAUUUGCUCAACGAUUAAUGCGUUUAGAAAUACUUAAUAUAUUUUCCUCCAU